AAUAUCUGUGGUAAAUCCCACACUUUUCGCCACUUCGCGCUUUAAACCACCGACCACCACUUCAUUCGGUUGCAUUACAUGUCGAAGUUGUUCCGUGAUUUCGGCAAUUGACUGCGAAAAUUUUUACUUGCCAGAGCCCGCCACUAAAGUCUUUUCGCAAUGGAUGAUUUGGACAAGGAGCAAGUUGCGCUGCUGAAGAAGGCUUUCGAUGCCUUCGAUCAGGAAAAGCAGGGAUUCAUCGAAGCCACGAUGGUGGGCACAAUUCUGGGAAUGCUGGGACAUCAGCUCGACCAGAAGAUGCUGGAUGAAAUUAUCGCAGAAGUGGACGCUGAUGGAUCCGGUCAGAUUGAGUUCGAGGAGUUCGCCACCUUGGCUGCCCGCUUCCUGGUUGAGGAGGACGCCGAGGCGAUGCAGGCAGAGCUGAAAGAGGCUUUCCGUCUGUACGACAAGGAGGGCAACGGAUACAUCACCACUGGCGUUCUGCGGGAGAUCCUUCGGGAACUGGACGACAAAAUCACGGAGGAGGACUUAGACAUGAUGAUUGAGGAGAUCGAUUCCGAUGGCUCGGGAACCGUGGACUUUGAUGAAUUCAUGGAGGUUAUGACUGGUGAAUAAAUCCCUCAUCGCAUGCGAUCAAUCAGUACAAGGAAGAGGGGCAAAAUUGCACAUUAAGCAAAUCUUUUUAAUCAGCUGUAAAUUGCUCGAUCGAAUACCAAAAAUAAAUCCAUUCGAAAAUAAA